AUGCAGGCUGAACUGAAGCAAGAAGUCGAGGAGAAAGCGCUCGAGUUGAUUAACGUGGUUUGGCCGAUAUCAGCACAAGGAGGGCAUGAUUCGACCAACCUUCGCCAGGUUAUCCGUUAUGUCUCAAACCUACUUCGCCACGGCGACGAGGACGAGUUGCUGCCAUCCCGCUCGAUCACCUCGUCUACGUACAAUAGCGUUGAUAUGCCAUCGCCCGCUUAUCCAUCAUAUAUGGAGAGAGAUGGCGCGGAGCACGCGACCGCACGCGCAAAGAGCCCUCUAGAUCGAGUGGAUGGUCUUCAGACGGGCCAAGUGGAGACAGAUUUCCUGAACAUGGCUGUUUCACCUAGCGACCUUGCGGCUAUCUUUCCAGAAGACUUCUAUGGAAAUAUUCUUAUUGACAAUCUAAACUUGGCGCCUCAGAACUCCCAACCGCAGGGCUUCGGGACAUUGAUGGCAAUGGCUGACAAUAUGGAAGACUCGGGUCUGGACUCACUUACGCCAAGGGAUGAUCUUUCGCUGCUAUCACAGUUGACUCCUCCGCUGGAUAUCAGUAUGAGCACGGACUUACAACCAUAUACGUCGUCUGAGUUCUGGGAGACAUGGUUGGCUGAGUUAGUUCCAAUGGGCUGUCCUGACUUGCCCGCAGGUCUGGGGACUUCCAUUGCAGACCUGAGCAAUGACUUUUCCCAAAGCUUGAAUGGGCUGGUGUCUGUCACACCUGACCUGUAUGAUCAUCUUGAUGAGAGCGAGGUCUCCGCAGGACUAUCUGCUUCCAGUGCUUCAACGUCAACCAGAAUUGCGACCAAUGUGGACGACAUUGCCACUGGCCCAGAGGACAAGGAUUCGGAGCCUGAGUUGUUUGAGCAGAUAUCCAGAUUGGAUAGCUUUCCAACCGCAUAGGCUACGUUCGAGGGGGGUUACGUCCUGGCUCUACUCCGAGAGUUGAUGGGCGCUGACCAGCCGAUCGGGGAGGCGACAGUGGAGUACUUUGCAUGCAAGUUGGCGGCAAUACAAAAACACUCCUGAAACUUGCAUAGGGAGAUGCGCGGAGCUUUGAGGAUUGAGGGAGUGCCCACACUGCUCCUGC